AUGCCUGAACUCCCACCCUUUGAGCACACGCCGCUCGACAACAUCGCGUCGACAUGCGCAACACUCCGCGCCAGCUUUCUCUCACACAAAACGCGGCCACUCGAGUUCCGCAUCCAGCAGCUGCGGAAGUUAUACUGGGCCUUCAAAGACAAUGAAGCCCUCAUCACCGAAGCCUGCAAGCGUGACCUGGGCAAGUCGAGUUUCGAGACGUACCUUGUCGAGAUCUCGUGGUGCAUGAACGAUUGCGUGUGGAUGGCCAACAACCUGCCGCGCUUCGCAAAGGACGAGACGCCCACCGAUAUCCCCUUGACCAACAAGCUGAUGGGCCCGCGUAUCCGGAAGGAUCCUUUGGGCACCGCCCUCAUCAUUGGAGCGUACAACUUCCCCUUCCAGCUGUCUGUAGGGCCGCUUAUUGGUGCUAUUGCUGCAGGCUGCACUGCCGUAGUUAAGCCCUCUGAGAGCGCUCCCUACGCUGCCGCCAUCCUCCAGAAAAUCAUUGGCGAGGCGCUCGAUCCCGAGUGCUACACGGUUAUUCAGGGUGCCAUCCCCGAGACAACGGCCGUGCUCGAGCAGAAAUGGGACAAGAUCUUCUACACAGGCUCCGAGCACGUGGCUAAGAUUAUUGCAAAGAAGGCAGCAGAGACACUGACUCCGUUGACGCUGGAAUUGGGUGGCCGUAACCCCGCCAUCAUCACCAAGCAUGCAGACCCUAAGCUCGCUGCGAAGCGCCUGCUAUGGGCGAAGACGCUGAACGCGGGACAAGUCUGCGUGAGCCAGAACUGCACCUUCAUCGACCGUGACAUGGUCCCAGCCUUUAUCCAGGAGAUGAAAAACGCCCUGGCCGAGUUCUACCCCCAGGGUGCGCGCAACUCGCCAGACUACGGUCGCAUUGUCAACCUGCGCCAGUUCCAGCGGCUGAAGAAGAUGGUCGAUGCAAGCAACGGCAAGAUUGUCGUUGGCGGGCACAUGGACGAGAGCGAACUGUUCAUCGAGCCUACUGUCAUCCAGGUCGACAGUGUCAACGACAGCCUGCUCACAGACGAGAGUUUCGGUCCCUUGCUGCCCAUCCUCCCUGUCACCGAUCUCGACGAGGCUAUCAAGAUGGCGAACGAAGUCCAUGACACACCCCUCGGCACAUACGCGUUCGGUACCAAAGCAGAGAUGGAGAAGAUCUUGAACCAAACCCGCUCCGGCGGCGCCUCCCUCAACGACGGCUUCUUCCAUGCCUCGAUUCCAACCCUCCCCUUUGGCGGCGUCGGCUCUUCAGGUCAAGGUGCCUACCGCGGCAAGGCUUCCUUCGAUGUGUUUACGCACCGUCGCAGUGUCACUACAACACCCGCGUGGAUCGAGAGCAUGCUGGACAUAAGGUAUCCCCCGUAUACACUCAAGAAGCAAAAGAAGUUUGCGGGCAUGAACGAAAUCAAGCCAAACUUCGAUCGCCAGUGCAGAACAUUGGGUUGGGGAAGUUGGCUCUUGGGAUUGUUGGGUUUGAAGAGUUUAGCUGCUGUAAUAGGUUAG